ACAACCACUUUGUCGCCACGAACGAAUCAACUCGCGUUGUCUUCCGCUGCUUUUCCAGCGCGUGGCUGUUUGGCAACGUGAUACUGUAGCAGGAACACGAACAAAGACGCGACAAUGGCACAAUCUUACGGUAUAAUAAAACCAAAGACCAAGCGCUCCAAGCGCUUCCUGGAGAGUCGAGCACCCAAACUGGCAGAGGAUGGAAAGAGUGCCAUGAUCAUGAAAGGGGGGAACGCCAAUCAAACUGUCAGCCAGGCCCUGAAGGACAUAUAUUCCCUGAAAAAGCCCAAUGCUGUGCUGUACAAAAAGAAGAACAUCACAAGGCCCUUUGAGGACUCUACAUCACUAGAAUUUUUCUCGAAGAAGACGGACUGCUCUCUGUUUCUGUUUGGGUGCCACAACAAGAAACGACCCAACAACCUCAUAUUUGGUCGUCUAUUUGACUUCCACGUGCUGGAUAUGAUUGAACUGGGAAUCGAGAAGUAUGUCUCCCUGAGUGAGAUAAAGAUAAGUAAAUGUCCUGAGGGGACCAAACCAAUGCUUGUGUUUGCCGGUGAGGCUUUCGAUAUGGACAACGAGUACAAACGUCUGAAGAGUCUGCUCAUUGACUUCUUCAGGGGUCCUUCUGUGUCUGCAGUGCGACUGGCAGGCUUAGAACAUGUUCUGCACUUCACUGCUGUGGAUGGCAAAAUAUUCAUGCGGAGUUACAGGUCUUUGUUGAAGAAGUCGGGCUGCAGGACACCGCGCAUUGAGCUGGAGGAGAUUGGGCCGUCAUUGGACUUUGUUUUAAGAAGAACACAUCUCGCUUCGGACGACUUGCACAAGUUAUCUCACAAGCAGCCCAAGGCUCUAAAGCCCAAGAAGAAGAAGAAUAUUUCCCACAAUGUCUUUGGCACCAAGUUUGGCCGGGUGCACAUGCAGAAGCAGGAUCUAUCCAAGCUUCAGACGCGGAAGAUGAAGGGUCUACGGAAGAGGAAGGGGGGCGUGGUUGAUGGGCAGCAGGAUGGAGAGUCUUCGAAAGUGGCAAAAAUGGAGAGUUGAGGUAUGAGACGGGACAACUGGAUGCGCGGGUUUUGACCUCUGCAACGCCAUACGGUUUUCUUCACCUGGAUAGCUUCACCUCCACCACCAGGAAUCCGCCUGGUUCCAAGCCCAAGUGAUUACCUUAUGACUGUUAUGGAAGGAAAAAAAUAUCCUCUGUUGUCAAUCAGUUUAAAGUAACAAUCAAAAAGUGUAGAAAUGUGUUUCAUCAACCUGAAACAUUUUCAUUCGGAUGGUUAUGAAAAUGUCUUUUGUUGUACAAAAUAAAAGAAUUAUGGGAUAACAAUGUGCCACCUGCUUGGGGAUACAACGAUUCGUAUCCCCCAAAAAAUGAAUGUCAGGUGGCUCACUUCUAGAAAACAAAGUCUGGACAGUGACAGGAGAGGGCGCCAUAUUGUUGCCCAUCUUGGCAUAACGUCACUAUCCAUUUUCCAUACCGUUUAUCCUCACUAGGGUUGCGGGCGCGCUGGAGCCUAGCCCUGAACUGGUCGCCAGCCAAUUGCGGGGCACAUAGAAACAAACAACUAUUCGCGCUCACAUUCACACCUAUGGACAACGUAGUCUUCAAUUAACCUACCGUGCAUGUUUUUUGGGAUGUGGGAUGAAACCGGAGUACCCGGAGAGAGCCCACGCAGGCACGGGGAGAACAUGCAAACUCCACACAGGCAAGGCCGGAUUUGAACCCGGGUCCUCAGCACUGUGAGGCGGAUGUGCUAACCGUUGCCUUCCAAAACGAGCCGUUUUGCAUCUUUAAAAGAAAUAGCCUUUUCACAGUUUGUCUUCUCUUUACGCCGCAUGCAUAAAUAUUUGGCCACUAAUAGUCCACUUGUAAUCACAAAACUUGACACUGCAUAUUUAAUUUUUCAGAUGCAGUCUCAAGUUAUUGCGAACUUUGGAAUACACAAGCUGUGGCAGUUGGCCCCACAUGUACAACAGCAUGUCCAGCAUCAGGUUUUUAUGAACACUCUGUGGCCCAGACAUAACUCGCUCAGCUGUGAUUUUGCAUGUGACAACAUGCAAAAUGUUCCUUUGUUACUAUGUUUUUGAGAUUUCUUAGGUUUCAUUGUAUUGCACAUUUUGUCAUAAACACUUUGGUUUUCA